GAACACUUGCAUCCAGACUAAAGAUGCACAACACUGUCAUUGCAGGGAUGAUGAGGUGUUAGUAGACAUAAAGAAGCAUGGACGCAGAGCUGACACUAAACAGCACUUUACCCGUCGAUGACCUACAUCCCUGCUAUGAAUCAACUAAUACAAGCUAUGUUUUUGCAAGUGACCCUUCCCUAACUUGUGUUUUGGUGUAUAUAUUCCUUGGCUUGUUAUCUGUCGCAACAAUAUGUGGAAACCUACUAGUUAUCAUAUCCAUCAUUUACUUCAAACAGCUGCACACUCCUACUAAUUACCUUAUCCUCUCCCUGGCCGUGGCCGACCUGCUCGUUGGCGUCCUUGUCUUUCCUUUCAGCAUGACAUUCACUGUCAGCUCAUGUCUGUUUCACCAGGACUUUAUGUGCCAAAUCCGAGACUGCUUUGAUGCAUCACUGUGCACUGCUUCUAUUCUGCACUUGUGUUGCAUUUCUAUAGACCGAUAUUAUGCAGUGUGCCAGCCGCUGACUUAUAAAGUUAAAAUAAACGUUUGUGUCGCAGCAGUUAUGAUCCUGGUGACCUGGGGCACCUCUGCUUUAAUAGGGAUCUGUAUAAUAAUCGCAGGAUUCAGCCAAGGAACAUGUGAGGAAACGUGCUCCGUUGAUGUUGCGAUGGCAAAUACGAUGGGACCCAUUUUCUCCUUCUACCUGCCAGCGAUCAUAAUGCUCGCUAUUUACUUUAAGAUUUUCCUUGUUGCUCAGCAACAGCUGAAAAGCAUCCAGAACACAACAUUUCAGAGCUCAAGUUCUAGAGCAGCUGUGAGUAAGAUGGAGAAGAAGGCCACAAAAACUCUUGCUACAGUCAUGGGGGUUUUUCUUUUAUGUAUGAUUCCUUACUUUCUGUGCAUCGUCUUUCAGCCGUUGGCCUAUUAUCCCCCACCCAUCCCACUGAUUGAGACUCUCAACUGGCUCGCAUUGUCCAACUCAAUGCUGAAUCCACUGAUUUAUGCUUUCUUUUAUAGCUGGUUCAGAUCAGCAUUCAGAAUUAUUAUUUCUGGAAAAAUAUUCAAAGGUGAUUUUGUUAAUUCCAACUUGUUUUAGAUAGAUUGAAAGUGAAAAUAAAGUUUGGAACAACUGAUAAUUACUUUGCCAUUGAACACAUGUAAACUAUAGUUUGUAUUAUAUAUAUAGUUUUGGGAGUUAAACUAUGGAAUGAAUGGAAUAUGAUUAAUUGUAUUCGUCUCUGUGGAGUUUUGAUAAAGCUUAAAAACGUAAAACAUCAAGGAUCUAUCUAAUUGUUAGGAGAGGUAACAAAAAAUAAGCAAUGGGCCUCAGUUUAUUACUUUUUUAUUUUGGUUAGUGAUUGUGUUGGAUUAUAUUGUGUGAAAUGGAAUUUUGUAAAUAUGUGUAAUAUGUAUUUUAUUUCUGUCAGUUGCAUAUUCACACACAUUGUUAGUGAAUUGACAUUGUGAGACACUGAGCAGCCUUAGGAAAUAUACUUGAGUCACUGA